GCAGUGGCGGCGGCGGGGCAGGCGAGGCAGCCGAGGCGAGUGAAGAUGGCGGCGGAGCGAAGCCGCUCCCCGAUGGGCUCGCCGGUGCCGGCCUGUAUGUUUGCGCCGGAACCCAGUCCCCCGGGCACAGCCCGCGCCGCGGCCGCCGCCGCCCGCCUCCACACGGGCUUCGACUCCGAUUGCAGCGAGGACGGUGAGGCGCUCAACGGCGAGCCCGAGCUGGACCUCACCAGCAAGCUGGUGCUAGUAAGCCCAACCUCAGAGCAGUAUGACAGCCUCCUCCGGCAGAUGUGGGAGAGGAUGGACGAGGGCUGCGGAGAGACCAUCUAUGUCGUUGGGCAGGGAUCAGACGGGACCGAGUAUGGGCUGAGUGAAGCCGACAUGGAGGCUUCAUAUGCUACCGUGAAGAGCAUGGCCGAGCAGAUGGAGGCGGAUGUUAUCCUCCUCCGAGAGCACCAGGAGGCCGGCGGCCGAGUGCGUGACUACCUUGUCCGCAAGCGGGUUGGAGACAAUGACUUCCUGGAGGUCAGGGUCGCCGUGGUGGGCAAUGUGGACGCAGGGAAGAGCACGCUGCUGGGCGUCCUGACGCACGGGGAGCUGGACAACGGCCGUGGCUUCGCUCGGCAGAAGCUCUUCCGCCACAAGCACGAGAUGGAGUCUGGCCGCACCAGCAGUGUGGGUAACGACAUCCUGGGCUUCGACAGCGAGGGCAACGUGGUGAACAAGCCCGACAGCCACGGGGGCAGCCUCGAGUGGACCAAGAUCUGCGAGAAGUCCACCAAGGUCAUCACGUUCAUAGACUUGGCCGGCCACGAGAAGUAUCUGAAGACGACUGUUUUUGGCAUGACCGGCCACCUGCCUGACUUCUGCAUGCUCAUGGUGGGCAGCAAUGCUGGGAUUGUGGGCAUGACCAAGGAGCACCUGGGCUUGGCACUGGCACUCAAUGUUCCUGUCUUUGUCGUGGUCACCAAGAUUGACAUGUGUCCGGCCAACAUCCUGCAAGAGACCCUGAAGCUGCUACAGCGCCUGCUGAAGUCUCCCGGCUGCCGCAAGAUCCCCGUCCUGGUGCAGAGCAAGGAUGAUGUGAUUGUGACCGCGUCCAACUUCAGCUCAGAGAGGAUGUGCCCCAUAUUCCAGAUCUCCAAUGUUACAGGAGAGAAUUUAGACCUGCUCAAGAUGUUUCUGAACCUGCUGUCCCCACGCACCAGUUACCGGGAGGACGAGCCCGCUGAGUUCCAGAUUGAUGAUACAUACUCUGUGCCGGGAGUGGGGACGGUGGUGUCAGGAACCACGCUGAGGGGCCUGAUCAAGCUGAAUGACACAUUGCUGCUGGGCCCCGACCCCCUGGGGAACUUCCUGUCCAUCGCAGUGAAGUCCAUCCACCGCAAGAGGAUGCCUGUCAAGGAGGUUCGAGGAGGCCAGACAGCCUCUUUUGCUCUGAAGAAGAUUAAGCGCUCCUCUAUACGGAAAGGCAUGGUCAUGGUGUCUCCACGUCUGAAUCCCCAAGCUUCCUGGGAGUUUGAGGCAGAGAUCCUGGUCCUCCAUCACCCCACGACGAUCAGCCCACGAUACCAGGCAAUGGUGCAUUGUGGGAGCAUCCGGCAGACUGCCACCAUUUUGAGCAUGGACAAAGACUGUCUGCGUACCGGGGACAAGGCCACCGUUCACUUUCGCUUCAUCAAGACACCCGAGUAUCUGCACAUAGACCAGAGGCUGGUGUUCCGAGAAGGCCGCACCAAAGCUGUGGGCACCAUCACCAAGCUCCUCCAGACCACCAACAACUCCCCGAUGAAUGCCAAACCCCAGCAGAUCAAGAUGCAGUCGACAAAAAAGGGGCCCCUGACUAAACGAGACGAUGGGGGCCCGCCUAGUGGGCUGGCAGCAGGGGGACCUCCUGGAGAGGAAGCUCCCUUGCCAGGGGCUACCCAGCCCACGCCCUCCAGUGUCCUCCAGCCACAGGCUGCCCAGGAUGAAGAGCCCCCUGGUCGUGAGGGCACCAAGCCCAAGCCCAGCAGUGGGGGCCGUCGACGGGGUGGCCAGCGGCACAAAGUGAAGUCCCAGGGGGCCUGCGUGAUGCCGGCCAGUGGCUGCUGAGCCCCUCCUGCCUCCAUGACUUGGCCUCCCCCAGGAUCCUUCUGUCCACCUCCGUGCCCUCUCUGGCCCAUGCCCCCUCUGCCCCUCCCUUUCCCCACAUUUCCCCUGGGAUUGUAAUUUAUAAGCUCAAGAAGGGGCCAGAGGAGGGUGGGACCAACCAGCCCCCACGUUCCUCCUGGGCCUUCUGCCUUCCCUUUCCCUGACACAUUUUUGUACAUCUUGGGCCCUUAGUUUUUAU